AUGGGCCGCACGCACGGCAGGACAGGACAAGUAAACGCAAGGCUUAAAAUCAAAACCGAGCCGCACGAGCACACCCUCGCGUAUCCGGACAAGUCCCGUGCUCUCCCGUCUCAAAACCCUCCCCUCCUCCUCCUCCGGCGGCGGCGGCGGCCGGGCGUCUUCUCCGGCAAGGUCUCCCCCCACUCACAAGGAAAUAUGGAUGGACCUGUUGAUGACCCUGUGGAGAACAACCUCACCGGAAAUCCUAGUACCCUUGGCAAUGAGGAAGAAGCCAAUACUUAUGCUGAUGUGCAAGUCAAGGAAGAACCAGAAAAUCUCUAUGACGAGGAAUCCAAGGAAGAACCAGAAAAUCUCUAUGUGCAAGUCAAGGAAGAGCAUGCGAACAUGAACAAUGAAGAUGUGGGAGGUCAGAACAAGGAGGACCAAGCUACCCCCACAGAGCACGGUGAGGAAGCUGGGGUGAAGCAGCAGGAUGCUACAGUUCCUGAUGACAGGAAGUGGCCUGGGUGGCCUGGAGAGAGUGUGUUCCGUAUACUGGUUCCUACCACAAAGGUGGGUGCCGUCAUUGGGCGCAAAGGGGAUUUCAUCAAGAAAAUGUGUGAGGAAUCCAGAGCUCGCAUCAAGGUUCUUGAGGGACCACCAGCUGUGCCAGAAAGAGCGGUAAUGAUUUCAGCAAAGGAUGAACCAGACACAGUGCUACCUCCAGCUAUUGAUGGGUUGCUUAGAGUUCAUAAAAGGAUAACAGAUGGUUUAGAUGGUGAAACUGAUCAGCCUCAACGAGCUACUGUCACCGCUGGGCCGACAAGGCUGCUGGUCCCGGCUUCCCAAGCUGGCAGCCUGAUUGGGAAGCAAGGAGCAACUAUUAAAUCAAUACAGGAUGCUUCAAAGUGCGUUCUCCGGAUUGUUGAGAAUGUUCCACCUGUUGCAUUAAACGAUGACAGAGUUGUAGAGAUACAGGGUGAACCUCUUGAUGCUCACAAAGCCGUGGAACUGAUUGCAAGUCAUUUAAGAAAAUUUCUUGUUGACCGCAGUGUCCUUCCUUUGUUUGAAACACAGAUGAAAGCGCACAAUGUGCACAGAGAGCAACCUAUGCCUCCUCCACAGGCAUGGGGUCCCCCUCCGCCCUCACCCUGGGGUCAUCCACCACCAAACCUUCCUCCUGGUGGCCCAGGUUAUGGUGGGAACCCACAGUACAUGCCUCCACCUCCACGGCCACAAGAGAGCUAUUAUCCUCCUCCUGAUGUGCCCCCUGUAGAAAAGCAACCACACUAUGGAAUUUCUUCAUAUGGACGCGAUGCACCUCUGAGUGCUCCCCAGGAAUCAAAACCAAUCACAUGGGUCUUCUCAGGAUCAGCUGGUGCCAGUAUCAGCUACAUCCGCAGACAUAGUGGAGCAACUAUAAGUAUUCAAGAAGGUGCUCCUGGGGAGAUGACAGUGGAGAUAACAGGAAGUGCUUCACAAGUACAGACUGCUCAACAGCUAAUCAAGAAUUUCAUGGCUGAAGCUUCUCCCCAGGGACCACCAGCUCCACCUGCUCAACCAGUGGACACGGGUUACAGCUCGUAUCCACCGUACGGUGGAGCAUCAUAUGGGUCUCCUCCCGGUGCCCCAGCUCCAGCGCCUCACAAUGGUGGAAGCUAUGGCGCUGCACCAUACCCGCCGAGCUAUGGAUACUAA